GAUGGCGGCGUCCCUCACUCCUCUCCUCUCCUUCCCCACUCCCCUCUUCUGCCUCCGUCUCACCCUUUCUGUGUUAUAGAGAUGCGAUGGGAUUUGGGGGCGGCGACCCGGAGGCGCUGAUGAGGGACUUCCUCCGCGAGCUCGGAGGCUGCGCGGUGAUCGACGGCGGGCUCGCGACGGAGCUCGAGGCCAACGGCGCGGAUCUCAAUGACCCUCUCUGGAGCGCCAAAUGCCUCAUUAGCUCCCCCCACCUCAUCCGCAAGGUCCAUCUGGACUAUCUUGAAGCUGGUGCAAAUAUUAUAAUCACUUCAUCCUAUCAGGCUACCAUUCAGGGUUUCGAAUCAAGAGGCUUCUCUGCAGAAGAAAGUGAAGCCUUAUUGCAGAAAAGUGCUGAAAUUGCAUGUGAAGCACGUGAUAUAUUUUAUAAAGGAUGCUCAAAAGGAUUUGAAAAUCAUAAUGAAACUAAGAAGCACACUGUAUUGGUGGCAGCUUCUAUAGGAAGCUACGGAGCAUAUCUAGCAGAUGGUUCUGAGUAUAGUGGGGAAUAUAGCAAAGAAAUGACCCUCGAAAAGUUGAAGAAUUUUCACAGGAGAAGAGUUGAAGUCCUUGCAGAAUCUGGUGCUGAUUUAAUUGCUUUUGAAACAAUUCCUAAUAAAUUGGAAGCUCAGGCAUAUGCUGAACUUCUUGAGGAAAAUAAUACAAGGACUCCAGCUUGGUUUUCUUUUAAUUCAAAAGACGGCGUUAAUGUGGUCAGCGGAGAUUCAUUGAUUGAAUGUGCCUCUAUUGCUGAUUCAUGCAAGAAGGUUGUUGCCAUCGGAAUAAAUUGCACCCCCCCAAGAUUCAUCCAGGGAUUAAUUCUCUCAAUUAGGAAGGUGACGAAGAAACCAAUUCUGAUAUAUCCAAACAGUGGAGAGAGAUAUGAUGCUGAAAAAAAGGAAUGGGUGAGCAUAGCGAAGACUAGCAGAAACUUACGGUUUUGUACACUGAACUACUGGAGUGGCAGUCGGGGAAAUUUCCAUGGCCUAACGAUCAGUUUCUCAAAAUCUCAUCUUUCAAUGAAUAUCAUGUUACUAAUAGCCUAUCCAAGUGAUUAUAGUUUGUCACUGUAAUAGCAUCCAAGUAUUGACAUCCACCGGUGUUACGGAUGAGGACUUUGUCUCUUAUGUAAGGGUAUGGUGUGAAGCUGGAGCCUGCCUCAUUGGCGGCUGUUGCAGGACUACUCCAAAUACUAUAAGAGGCAUUUCAAAGGUUCUUCAGAAGUAAUUCGUUUCUAGUGAGUCAAAACCAUAAGACUUUUGUAGAACUCUAUGGCAACUUAAGUAAGAUCUAUCUAUCUAAUAGUGAGUGGUCUAAUGCUGAGCUCUGCCUAUAAUCCUUUAUUGAUGUUAAAAGUUUUCUGAUAGUGGAUUUCUAUCUGCAUUUUGAAGAAUUUUGUUGAACACUGGUUUGUGGCUGUUUUGUAUUGUUACAGUUAUGAUUUUUAGGUA